CCCUCCCGGGAGUCGCCGUGCCCUCCCCGCCCUGCCCGUCGCCCGUCCCCCCCGUCGGACAUCCCCUCCGGCGUCCGCGCUCCUCCGCCGCAGCGCUGUCGCUCCUGGCCGGCCGCACAGCCGGGGCGCCCGGGGCAGGCCGCUUCCUUCUCCAGGGCUGCCAGCUCCCACUUGCCCUCUCAGCUCGGCCGCCGGGCCAGAAAGGGGAGUGCGAGGGGGCUUAAGGAAGUGGAGAUCCGCUGCCCCGGGCUGUGCCUCGAGGGCUAACCACUCCCUCCUCCGGCCGCGCCUCCGUGGCGCGAUCCCAGCCUCUUGUCAAAACUCACAGAGGUCGCUCCGAAGUCGCCCUCCUCCCCUGCGCUGGGAGUGAGCGAGCGGCGCGACCAGCUCUCUGUUGCUGAGCCUCUGAAACUCCCAGCCGCAGUCCAAUACCCGGUCCAGAUACCCGGUCGUCCCCGCCCUCGGCCUCCGGACCCUGCGCCCUCGCUUCCCGCUUUCCCUCCCUCCGGCUCCGAACCAGCUGGAAGUUGUGGAAGUUGGGCUCCGAGGGCGGAGGAAGCCAGGGCGGGGGGUGGAGGAAGAGGGGGAGAGGCUGAAGUCUGCGGUGGAGGCGAGGGCAUUUUAAUGCGCCCUCCCCCACGGUCUUACCUUCUCAGUGUUAACUGUUUAUCCUUGAAGAAGCCGAACUGAGAUCAUGGCUCAGAUAGCAGUGGGGACAAAAAAAGAUUAACAGGAUGGAGGCUAUCUGAUUUGGGUUAUUUGACUGUAAACAAGUUAGACCGAAGACACCAUGAUUCCUGGUAGCCGAAUGCUGAUGGUCGUUUUAUUAUGCCAAGUCCUGCUAGGAGGCGCGAGCCAUGCUAGUUUGAUACCUGAGACGGGGAAGAAAAAAGUCGCCGAGAUUCAGGGCCACGCGGGAGGACGCCGCUCAGGGCAGAGCCAUGAGCUCCUUCGGGACUUCGAGGCGACACUUCUGCAGAUGUUCGGGCUGCGCAGCCGCCCGCAGCCCAGCAAGCACGCCGUCAUUCCGGAUUACAUGCGGGACCUUUACCGGCUGCAGUCUGGGGAGGGGGAGGAGGAAGAGCAGACCCGCGGCUCUGGGCUGGAGUAUCCUGAGCGCCCGGCCAGCCGAGCGAACACUGUGAGGAGCUUCCACCACGAAGAACAUCUGGAGAACAUCCCAGGGACCAGUGAAAACUCCGCUUUCCGUUUCCUCUUUAACCUCAGCAGCGUCCCAGAGAACGAGGUGAUCUCCUCCGCAGAGCUGCGGCUCUUCCGGGAGCAGGUGGACCAGGGCCCCGACUGGGAGCGGGGCUUCCACCGCAUAAACAUUUAUGAGGUUAUGAAGCCCCCGGCAGAAGUGGUGCCCGGGCACCUCAUCACACGACUACUGGACACAAGACUGGUCCACCACAAUGUGACACGGUGGGAAACUUUUGAUGUGAGUCCUGCAGUCCUUCGCUGGACCCGGGAGAAGCAGCCGAACUAUGGGCUGGCCAUUGAGGUGACUCACCUCCAUCAGACACGGACCCAUCAGGGCCAGCAUGUCAGGAUUAGCCGAUCGUUACCUCAAGGGAGUGGGAAUUGGGCCCAGCUCCGGCCCCUCCUGGUCACCUUUGGCCAUGAUGGCCGGGGCCAUGCCUUGACCCGACGCCAGAGGGCCAAGCGUAGCCCUAAGCAUCACCCCCAGCGAGCCCGGAAGAAAAGCAAGAACUGCCGGCGCCACGCACUGUAUGUGGACUUCAGUGAUGUCGGCUGGAAUGACUGGAUUGUGGCCCCCCCGGGCUACCAGGCCUUCUACUGCCAUGGGGACUGUCCCUUUCCACUGGCUGACCACCUCAACUCAACCAACCAUGCCAUCGUGCAGACUCUGGUUAACUCUGUCAAUUCCAGCAUCCCCAAAGCCUGCUGUGUGCCCACUGAGCUGAGCGCCAUCUCCAUGCUGUACCUGGAUGAGUAUGACAAGGUAGUGCUGAAAAACUACCAGGAGAUGGUGGUGGAGGGGUGCGGGUGCCGCUGAGACCAGGCAGUGCUGAGGACAGACAGACACACACGCUCCCCCCCACUCACCCACACGACACAGACUGCUUCCUUCUAGCUGGACUUUUAUCUUUAAAGAAAAACAAAAAAAAAAAAAAAGGAAAAAAGUAAACAUUCACCUUGACCUUAUUUAUGACUUUACGUGCAAAUGUUUUGACCAUAUUGAUCAUAUAUUUUGACAAAAUAUAUUUAUAACGACAUAUUAAGAGAAAAAAAUAAAAUGAGUCAUUAUUUUAAAGGUAAAA